AGGUGCCUUGGUGGAUGCCGUCGCUGGCAUGGCAAAGAUCCCGGCUGAGCAAUUGCGAUGGGUAGCUGAUCAAGGCCAGCGUUGCUUGGAGGUGCUUGUCCAAAGACCCGACUUCACUCCUUGCUUUCCGGCGACCAUCAGGGUGCCCAAGGAGGACUGGCUCCGGCUUUGCUGGUGCGAAGACUCCGCCGUGGAGGUUUCAGAAAGGGGGAUGGAGUUUGAUCUUGAGGUCCUUGCGAUGCUGCAGCUCAAUUUCCGUGACAGGCGCCAACUAGCACUUCGGCCACCCUUGGCCAUGUGUCAAUGCCUCUUCUUCCACGACCUUCGUGUGGUGGGCGAGGUGGCUGAGACGAAGAUCAUGGACAUCAUCUACCAGGUCUGUGGCCCUGAGAUUUUGCUGGAGGCGUUCGAGUUGGAGGAGCUGCCGGAAGGCCGAAUGGCUUGGUCCUUCCGGGUCAUACUGCGCCACGCGUUCGGUGUGGGAGAGCGCUGACCCGAGCGAGGUGGAUGGUGUUCCAGAGGGCCAGCGGCAUUGGAGAACGGGCUUCUGGAGCGCUCGAAAAGCACCACGAAGCGCCGUGGCUCUUCUUUGCCUCGGUCGCGAGUGCCUUGGACGAACAGACCGCCUAUGGCGCCUACCAGGCCGUGAGAGAGGCCGUGAGGGCUGCAGAAAUGACCUUGUGCUAGAAGAAAAGGUCUGGCUG